GCCUUCACAUAUAUUUAUCGUUAAUAUGAUUAAUUAUUGGUGUCUCUUGGCAAUUGUUAUGGGUCAGAAACCGGUAAAUACGAUGGUUUGAGUACGAUAUUCUGGCAUUGGUGGGCUGCCCCUGGGCUGGAGGAAGGGGCGCCGGGCAGUGACCGUCACCUCCUCGUCAUCGUGACUUGUAAAAAGCUUCUCCAUGGCUCUCCCUUCGCUGGUGUGUUCCGGGGCGCUCAGGAGGAUCGCCUGCCUCCUCAGGACACCCCGGCUGGCGGCAACGGUGUCCCCGGCGCCUACGAGAGUGCUGUUCUCCGCCUCCGCCGCCGCCAAGGCCCAGAAGGAGUGGAUUGAGGUGACCUACAAGAAAGCUGACGGCACGACCUUCAGCGUACAGGGCAAGGAAGGGGACAACCUUCUUGAUGUUGCCAUUAACAAUGACCUCGACCUCGACGGCUUUGGUGCGUGUGAGGGGACCUUGGCCUGCUCCACGUGUCAUUUGAUCUUCAAGAAGGAGGACUUUGACAACAUAGAGGAAAUAUGCACAGAUGAAGAGCUGGACAUGCUGGACCUGGCGUAUGGCCUCACAGACACGGGUGUGUGUCUCACUUUCUCUGGCUCUGGCUUCCUGGGAGUGUACCAGCUAGGGGCUCUUGAGUGUCUUCAUCGCCACAUGCCCAAACUCAUUAAGAAUGCCAGUGCAGCAGGAGCCUCUGCUGGGUCCCUUCUUGCAGCUUGUGUGGUGUGUGGUGUUCCAUUAGGAACAAUCAAGUCGAGUUUCAUUGAGACUGCUGUAGCUGCUCAACAUUGGCUGAUGGGCCCAUUCAAUCCAAAUUUCAAUGUUGAAGACUAUUUGAAACUAGGCCUUGAAGCACUGCCUCAUGAUGCCCAUUUACAUGCUAAUGGAAGAUUGUUUGUAUCUCUUACUAAGGUUGAGAACAUGAAAAAUGAAAUUGUAUCUCACUGGGAGUCAAGAGAUGAACUCAUUCAGUGUUUAUUAUGUUCUUGCUUCCUUCCUGUAUUCUCAGGGUCUAGAUUCCCUGUUUUUAGAGGAGAAAAAUUCUUGGAUGGAGGCUUCACCAACAACCUGCCCACUACUCAAAGUCCCUCAAUUACCAUAAGUCCAUUUGAGGCUCUCGUGGACAUAUGUCCAAAGAGUGUGAAUAAAAAGCCUCGGUUUGUGAAGAUAGCAAAUGAGGAUGUUGCUGUAACAUUGAGCAAUGUUUCAAGGUUUGUGAGUGCCUUGUUUCCCCCCACUGCUGAGGGACUGGAAGACUUGUACCAUGCUGGCUAUAGAGAUGCUUACCAUUUUCUGAAGAAAAAAAAUCAUUAGUGUAUUCUUUGAGCUGAGUGGAAACUUGCUUAUGUAUGGGUCUGAAAUAAUGGAAGAUGGACCACUCAUACAUUGUGAAAAAAAAUGAAUGUCUUACAUUUGCAAAAUGCUAGAAAUUAUUGGUUUAAUCAGUUAAAGGGAUAUUUUUUUUAAAAAAAAUCUUAUGCAUACAGUAUGUUAUGCUUAUUUAUGUGGGGUACUUAUGUUUUGUAGUAAGCAGUGAAUGAAAUGGAAUGGUGAUUGUUAGUAUCUUGGAGUUGAACAUUGCUUACAUGGUAAUUCUAAAACUGAAGCCCAUUGGCAGCCCUUCAGUUGUUAUAAAUGUUCAAUAGUUGCAUCAGUGCAGUGAACCCCAGACAUGGGGACUGUGUGCCAGAUGUGUAGAUGUGAACACAUGUCCCAGUCAUUGGCAGAUAAGACUUUAACUUUACUGGAGCAGCUGUAAGUGUGGCCUGCUGCUUACCAGAGCUUCAGUUGGCUUAAUUUGGUGGGGAUGAGAUGUUCAGCUGGAGUAAAUCAUCACACACACACACACACAGUGAUGGUGUGAUUCUUUGCUCAUGGGACUUGUAGUGGAUGUGAUUGAGAACAUAUUGUUGAGUCUGGCACAUGUGUCUAGGAUGUGUUACGUCAACAUAGGUCUCAUAAAAAAGUGCUGCCCCCAAAACUUUGAUUCUGUAACACAAAAAUAAUAUAUGUAAUGGUUUUAGCUGCCUUGCUAAAUUCUUAUGUGAACCAGAACAAUUCAGAUCUUAAUCACAAAUACAGUGUCAGUCCUUUAUAUAGUAAUUCUAGAAUCUUCAGAGCUCAGAUUUUGAAGAAAUUAUAUUUUGGGCACAAAGAUAAUUAGAAAUCUUAAUCAUCAAACACUAAAGUAAUUUUUUUAGAAAUGUUCCUGCUCUUAUUGCUGAGUUCUGGCUCCCAGAGAUUCAAGAAUGGAGUAUAAUAAUAUGGAAGCAAGAAAAGUGUGAGUUACAUUUUACUUGACUGCACAGUUGUGUGAAGAAAGGAAGUUUUGAUGAUUCCUGAUUGAGAAGUUCAAGAUUUUUGAUAGUGUUUGAAGGUAAAUCUGUCAGAUCUGUUGAGUGGAUGACAACCAAACAUUGUGUACAGCAUUGCUUGGAGCACAUGGUGCCUGGCACCUUAACCCCUUCGCUCUGGCGACGCUGACGUCGGCAUCCGACAGCGUCACCGUAUGGAAAGGGUCACUCCUCUUCUAAACCUCUUAAGAGAAAAUGGAAGAGGAUGAAGAGGAAUUUAGAGGAGGAUUGAGAGGUUUAGAAGAGGAUUAAUCCUCUUCCAUUUCCUCUUGACCCUUUCCACACUGUGACGCCGACGUCUGCGUCACGGAUGGAAAGGGUUAAAACAUAGAGCAAUAGAGAAGCUGACAUGUUGAAUGUAGUGUAAGGUUAAUGGUAUAGUAUUGCACCUUGUACAGUUGUGUUAAUUUUAUACAUACAAUUUUGAUAAAAAAAAUCCUAAGAACAUAGCUGUAUCAUCCUCCUCCAUUUGUGAGGUGCCAGUAGUGAGGCCACACUGAUGUACUUAUUAAUGUGUGUGACUAUGUGUCCUUGCAUGUGAAGCACACCAGGAUCUUGCCAAUAAUGUUUAAUUGGUGCCUGGAAAACAUAGUUACUAACAAAACCGUUAUUUGGGUGACAUUAAAAGUUACCUACCCAA